CGCCAUCUCUUUCCUUCCCUCGACAUCAUCGUCGUCAUGGCUUUCUUCCUUCGGCGCCCGUUCGCCGUAUCGUCGGCCCUCACUCAAGCUCCAAAACUCUCGAAUACUGCCCGCUUCAUUCACAACUCUCCAUUCAAGCCUUCUCAAGCUGCUAAGCCGUUCGGUGCCCAGCCUUCGUUCUUCACCAAGUCUCAUCAGACCUUCCACAAUGCCUUUCGCCGCAGCUACAUGCAACAGACCUACAACGCUCAGGGUGGCAACUUCACCCAGAAGCUGCUGUACGGAGGUGCCAUCGUCGGUGGUACCAUCCUGGCCACCAACUUCAUCUUCAACCGUGAGACCCGCGAGGAUGGCGGCAUGCCCGCUUACGAGCGGAGCUUCCUGAACGAGACUUUCAUGCACACUGGACUUGGUAUUGGUAUUAUCGCUAUUGCUGCCCGCGCUCUGCAUACCAGCGGCUGGUCUUACCGUCUUAUGGCUAUGAACCCAUGGCUGGUCAUGGGUGUUGGUCUCGUUGGCAGCAUUGGCUCGAUGUACGCCACCUUUGCUACUCCCCCGGAUAACUACGUCUUGAAGUAUGGCUGCUGGACUUUGUUCAACCUGACCCAGGCUGCGCUCCUCUCCCCACUGAUGUUCAUGCACCCCGCUAUCCUCGCUCGCGCUGGUCUUUACACCGUCGGCAUGAUGGGUUCCAUUGCUUUCGUUGGUGCUACCGCUAAGCAGGAGAAGUACCUGUACCUCGGCGGUCCCCUCCUCGCUGGUGUUGCCAUCGUCGCUCUCUCUGGUCUUGCUCCCAUGGUCCUUCCUGCCACUGCUGCCCGCACUCUGAUGUGGUCUGAGCGCAUCUGGCUAUACGGUGGACUCGCUGUCUUCGGUGGCUUCACCCUCUAUGAUGUCCAGAAGAUUCUGCACCACGCCCGCCUCGCUGAGCGUGGAUAUAUGAAGCGUGACGUUGUCAACGAGAGUGUCAGCCUCGAGCUCGACUUCAUCAACAUCUUCAUCCGCAUGGUCCAGAUCCUCGGCAUGCGGAGCAACAACCGGAAGUAAAUCUUUUAUUUCCUAUAGAGGGGAACAUGUUUGAUCUCCUCUCUUUCCUUUGAUUCACUCGAAAUCCUGUACACUUAACGACCCUUCUGCCUUUUCUUUCCUUUUGAUUCCAAAUCCUCAUGCUUCUGAACACGAGGUGGCAAUUCAGAUAGUUUUGUCUCUCACCUACAAUAUCCGGGGAAUAAAUCUCCACUCCACAGUUUUUUGUUCCUAAUUAGAACAACGUGCAAACCCACUACUUGGUAUUUUUUUUUUAAAAAAAA